CGUUGUCUUCCUCCACCACCACCGACCAAUCUGAUCAUGGGCGAGAUUCUCAAGGGUUUCCAGGGUUUCCUGGGCGGUGCCAAAUCUUCCGUGUCCUCCGUGGUAUCUAACGACGAUUCCGACUUUGCCGACUUCGCGACCGCUGCGGCACCUCAAGCACCAAGCCAUGUCGCGUCCUCAGUCUUCACCGAAGCAGCGACGACUGCACGUCCUCCGCGAGCGAUCGACAUGUUCAACAGCCCUACCAUGGCCGGCCGCCCAUACACAAAGUGGUACCGAGUCUGGGAGCGAGUCACGAUCAAAGACUUUUACCAGGAGCUCACCAUCAUUCCGAUCAUCGUCUUCAUCAUCCUGGUCAACCUCUGGGGUGCAGCGGCCAACCGCAGCCGCGCGAAAGAAUGGGCGAAGAUCCAUCUACCACUUCUGAGCGCAGAGUACGCAGCUGUGGGAUUCGGAAAGAACAAGAAGCAGCCAUCACCAGACGAUGCGGAGUUGUAUAAAGAGCAGAGCAAGAAUGAGUACAUCACGUAUUGUACGGGUCGUCAGAACGUAGCUUGCUUGGAUGUUAAGCUCACGCUGUACAAGCGGUACAAUCCACUCUUUUGGGCCGCUGAGGUGAUUCUCAGCUUCUUCUUUGAGAGCUUUGAGAUGCCUGUGGAGCGGCUGGAGGCUACGGCGUACGCUUUUGACGGCAAGGAGAAGCAGCUUGUGCCGGGACAGGAUUCGGUCAACGCCAAGGACAGCCAAUACGAUGGGUUCGUCUGGGCUAUCGUGCACAAGGACAAGAUGAAGCAACUGCGCGACGAUCGCUACGAUGUCAGCUUGACCUCUACCAAGGACCACCCGAAGCUACCCACUUGGGCAACGGUCAUGUCUGAGAGCGCGGAGGUCACUGAAGCGCUGCUCACACCCGAGCUCAUCAAAGCUGUGACGGAAGCUGGUGAAGACAUGGAGGCCUUGAUUAUCUCCGAUCAGCCCGUUAAUGCACCGUUGAAACUGAACGACACUGUGCCCAAGAAGCGUGUAUCCCUCGCCAUGCGCCUCACAACCGAUUCAAGCAAAACGGCCCUCUUCAGCUACUUCCUCCGCCUACCCGACUUCCUCGUUAACAGCGCUCACUUCCGGCCCGAAGCCAUGCGCAAGAUUCGAGCCACUCGUGAGGAGCAGAUGAAGAAGAUUCGCCGGGUCGAUGAGGAUGAGAAGGCGGAGGAGAGGAAGCUCGCCAGUGAAAAAUUGAAGAAGGAGGAGCGGGAUCGAAAGUUGGCGGCGUUGACGGCGGCGGAGCAGAAGAAAUUUUUGGAGAAGGAGAAGGACAAGGAGCAGAGGAAGAUCCAGAAGAAGCAGACCAUGAGGGGUUGA